AUGGUUUCGCUACGGUCUCUUGCGGCGGCUGUUGCAGGCGUUGCCUUGCUUGCUCAUUCAUCGUUGGCACACUCCGUUAAGCGAAAUCCUGUCAGCUACAUUUCAUUAGUUGAAGAACCUGUCAUCAAGACACCAUCACACCGCGUUCACGCAUUUUCAAAAUUCGAUCUCAUUUUCUCCUUGCAUAAUGGCCGACAAAAGGUUCGACUGGCUCUCGAACCAAACCACGACGUCCUCCACGAGGACUUUUCCAUUACACACUUAAACGAGGACGGCUCAGUACGAGAAGUCAAGAAGAUACCCCGUUCAGAAGACAAAGUGUACCGCGGAACCGCGUUUAUCGAGCGCAAGGGUAUUGAAGGAUGGUCUCAAACGGGUUGGGCGCGGGUCUCAAUUCACCAGGAUGGUGAGAAGCCCAUUUUCGAUGGCGCAUUUCGCAUUGACGGAGACAACCACCACAUCCUCCCACGAUCCGAGUACCAAUCCAUGAGGGACGCAAAGGACCCGGUUGUUGAUUCCACCACCGGAAACGAUGUAAUGGUUGUGUGGCGCGAUUCCGAUGUCAUGAAUGACGACGGCGAGCAUUCCGAACUGAAGCGUGAUGUCGCCGAUUCGUCCAGAUGCAAUGCCGACACAUUGGAGUUUAACAGCAAGUUCCGGCCGCAAGUAGAUCAAGAAAGCCUCUCGUUUAGGUCCAUGAACUUUGGAUCUCUCUUUGGCCGUCAGAUUGACGACGGCGGGAGCGGCGGUACGGGCCUCAAUCUGCUCAACUCGAUUGGGUCGACAGCCGGCUGUCCGACCACGAAAAAGGUUGCUCUUGUUGGCAUUGUGACCGACUGCAACUACUUUUCGGCAUUCAACAGCACCAGCGCGGUCAAGAAGCAAAUCAUUAGCAACGUAAACAAGGCGUCCGAAGUUUACGAAAGCACCUUCAAGAUCUCACUGGCUAUCAAGAACCUAACCGUCAUUGACCGCGGAUGUACGGGCUCUACGCCUGCCAAUACGCCGUGGAACGUUAAAUGCAGUGAUGACGUUACCAUCAACGAUCGCCUAAACACAUUUUCCAAGUGGCGAGGCGAGUCCAAGGACGAAAACGCAUACUGGACGCUGUUCACAACCUGUGCCACGCAGACAGCCGUGGGACUGGCCUGGCGAGGCAUGCUGUGCAGAACUGGCGGUACCAACCAGGACGGCAGCGGUCGUAACGAGACAGUGGCCGCCACAAACGUUGUCGUCAAGGCCGAUACCGAGUGGCAGAUAUUUGCCCACGAAACAGGACACACGUUUGGAGCCGUUCAUGACUGCGUGCAGCAGACGUGCCCAGCCAGCUCAAGCUCUCAGGCUUGCUGCCCGCUCAGCAGAAGCCAGUGCGAUGCCGGCGGCAAAUACAUCAUGAACCCUUCGACAGGCAGCGGCAUCACGGGGUUUUCACCCUGCAGCAUUGGCAACAUCUGCUCCGGCCUCAAGUCCAACCAGGUCAAGGGCAACUGCCUGACGGACAACAAAAACGUGCAAACAGACGUGGACAUUGGCAGCCAGUGCGGCAACGGCAUCGUGGAGUCGGGCGAAGACUGCGACUGCGGCGGUGAGGCAGGCUGCAAGGGGAACAAGUGCUGCGACCCCAAAACAUGCAAGUUCACCAGCGGCUCCGUGUGUGAUUCGGCAAACGAGGACUGUUGCACAGAUCAAUGCAAGUUUGCAGCGAGCGGCACCGUCUGCCGGCCCAGCACCGGCGAAUGUGACGUUCAAGAAACGUGCCCUGGCAACAAGGCAGCAUGUCCGGAUGACAAGCACAAGAACGACGGCGACUCGUGCGGCAACGGCCUGCAAUGCGCCUCUGGCCAAUGUACAUCGCGAGACCUGCAGUGCCAGCACAUGGCCAACAGCCUGACGGGUCGCAACAACACCAAGGCCUGCCCCGACACGGAAUGCACCCUGGCCUGCACAUCGCCAGAUCUCCCGUCCAACCAGUGCGUCACAUACAACCAGUACUUUGUAGACGGGACAAGCUGCGGCGCCGGCGGACACUGCUCCAGCGGCAGCUGCCAGGGCAGUUCGACCCUCAAGGAGAUUGGGCAGUGGAUCGACAACCACAAGGCCAUCUUCAUCCCCAUCGUCUCCGUGGUAGGACUCCUCGUCGUCAUCGCCAUCAUAAGCUGUAUAUCCAGCAGCAUCCGUCGCCGCAUGUUCAGACGGCGCGCGAAGAAACAAGCCCGUCCAGAAAUGAACAACUGGCCUGCCACAUCACAGGCGCAGCAGCAAUGGCGCGGCGGCAGCAACAACAACCAGCCAAGACCAUGGAAUCAACAACAGCCUACAGAGUCAUCGGGUGCUCUGUUCCCCGAUCCUAACAACCAUCCGCCUCAACAAAGCGGCUUCUAUGACCCGCCGCCGUAUCCUCCCCCGCCCGCAAACUGGGGAAACCAAGGCAGAACAAUGCGCUACAUGUAG